UCUAGAACGUCAAACCUAAUAGACAAUAGCAAUGUUUAAACAACUUUCCAAAUUUCGCCAUCUCUGUCUGGUUCCCGUGAUGUUUUCUAAAUAUGUCCGUGAAUCUGGAUACAGGCAAGCAACAUUGCUAGCAACUCGUUCCUUGUCGUCUCUUCCACCAAAUGACAACCAGCAAUCAUGCUGUAGUUUUGCUGACGUUCUUGCACUGAUAGAAAAAGAACGUGCUCGUAUGAGUGAAACCAACCCAUUAUUUCCACUCUUACGUGACGAAUCUAUUCCACCUAAACAGCGACUUGCUUUCGCACCAUAUAUGCUAUACUUCUCGAUUGGCUGUCCUGAUAUUCUAACUUACUGGAUGAGGAUUGAUAAGCCAGAACAUGAACUCAGCGACAUCGAAAAACGCGUAAAUACAUUUGUAAAUGAAGACAACUUCCAUUACAAUUUCUACCUUAGAGAUUUGGAGACUUUAGGCUGGUCGUUAGAUAAGUUCGGCUCAACUGGUGGGUUAUUGCGUCACGUAUGGGCCUCAGAGAGUUCAAGUGUACGCCUGCUGAUGUACGAAGUAGUUAGCAGUCUUCGUCGAUCAAAAGAUCCUCUUGUCGCUCUCACUGUGGUAGAACUGCUGGAAGCUGGCUUGUACGAUCUGUUCACAAUAAUCUACAAGCACAUUGCCAAAGCACCAAAUGGAAUUCCUGAGCUUCAGUACUUUGGGGACGCCCACGUAAACCUUGAACAACACCAUACAGUGACAUCAUGGUUUAGCGGAGAUGAUGCGCCCUCUCUUUCCAUAUCUGACAAUUCUUUGUCACCAAAGACAGCACAAAUCCUUCCGGAUGUAGUUAAAGAUGUAAUGAACAGAUUUGAUGCUAUGUACUGGACCUUCUACGAGAUCGUAAAGAAAGGACCUAAUAUCUACCCUGGGAAAUACAAUGUUAAAGGGACGCCACCUAUCGACAAGAUUACAAAAGACUACGAGGAAAUAAGGGUUUUGGAUACAAAAUAAGUGAGCACUAUACGUAAAACUUUUGAGGAAAAAUACACAAAAUUGCAAGAACGUUGUCAUUUAAAAUUAAUAAAUUACAAAAUAACAAAUAGAUAUUAGCUAUUUCUUAGCAAAACAGGUGUAGUUACUUCACUGGUAAAGACGAACAUUUUUGAUUUUACCGUGUUGGUAUAUACUAAAACAGUUAUUUCUUUUAAUCUAGGGGGCAUACGAAUUUACAAAAAUGAAUUUAUUAAUUCGUAUUUUGUUAUUUUGUUACUAGUUGAUAAGCCCGUGAAAUUAUACCUAGAAGGGCAUGUUUUCUAUCAAAUCCCCAUACCUCACUCCCUAACGAGAUUUACAUUGAUAGAUGCACAAGUAUUUUUGUUCUCGAUUUUCGUUUAGCUGCAUUCUCUAAAACGAAAUGAUAAUUAGUAAUUUUACAGAUGCUUUACCUGUUAACCCCCCCCCCCCCGACC